AUUGAAAAAACACUAUCCCCACACGGCCCCCCCACCCCACCUCUCUCUCUCUCUCUCUCUACAAUUGAACUCCUCGCUUUCCUCUAAAUGCAGAAUAUUUCCAGAACCCAAAAACCAUUUUCUACUUGAAAACAUACAAACACACGCAUUUUCCGGUGGAGAAAAUGUCUUCCGGCUUCUCUGGAGGCGUCCCGGAUUUCUUUUCCGCCGGCAGAAGAUCCACCGUCAUGCCCACAAACAUGAACAGUGGUUACGACACUAGGCUUAACCCACAACUGCAGUUUUCCUUCCGUUCUCCGCUUUCCGGAAUUCUGCCGGACCCGGAUGCCCAGAUCCACCGGACCGAUUUGAUCGGGAAGAGGUCGCUCGCGGAGUUUCAGCAGCAGCAGCAGAAUCAGCAGGGGUUGGGAUUUUAUCUCCGGAACGUGAAACCGAGGCCUAAUUACCAGCAUGCAUCGCCGAUAUCUCCCCUCUCACCGGUGGAUUUCUCUUCUGUUCCGUCCACUUCGCCGGAAGUCUCAUCGGGUUCUUCGGUUUCGAAUUCUGUAAACUCACGGUACGGCCUUCCGAUUCUUCAGCAGCACCGGCCACAGUCUUUGACUCUUUCAAACAGAAAUGUUAACAAUGUGUCUACUAGAAUUUCCUUGCCGAAUUUGGCUGUACUGCAGAACAAGGGGUUUGCGAGUCCGGGUGUAAGUCUUUCGGGUCCGGGUUUGCAGGUUUCGGCGGAGGAGUCGGAGAAGAAUAUGAUGAAUCACCGUCUGCAAGAGCUGGAAAAAGAGUUGCUCGGAGACGAAGAGGAUGGAGAAGCUAUUUCCGUCGUUACCAACAGUGAGUGGUCGGAGACGAUACAGAGUUUGAUGGGCCCGACUCAGAAGCCCAUUUCUCCUUCACCCACUUCCUCUUCUUCCUCGUGUUCCUCUACCUCAGCUUCUCCUGCUUUGCCUUGUCCGAAACAAACGUUGAUUGACGCUGCGGUGGCUAUUUCCGAAGGGAAGCCUGAAGCCGCCGCUGAACUCCUAACGCGCCUCCAGCAGGUGGCCAACGCGGGCGGUGCUUCCGAACAGAGGCUCGCCUCUUACAUGGUUUCGGCUUUGAAUUCGCGCGUGAACCCAACAGAACAUCCUCCACCGGUGUCCGAGCUUUAUGGUAAAGAACACGCAGCAUCAACGCAAAUGUUGUACGAUGUCUCCCCAUGUUUCAAGCUCGGUUUCAUGGCGGCAAACUUAGCCAUCCUUGAGGCCACUUUGGAGCAGGGUUACGACAAAAUCCAUGUCUUGGAUUUCGAUAUCGGGCAGGGCGGGCAGUAUGUGCAUUUGCUCCACGCGCUGGCGGCGAAGAAGAAGAAGCUCGACAAUAAGCCCUUCGCGACGUUGAGGAUCACCACCUUCACGGAUUUCGCCGCCGCCGGAGAGGAGAAACUGAAGAUCGUUGGAGAGGGUCUCAAAGCAUUGGCCAACAGAAUCGGAGUUUCUUUGAAUUUUCAUGUGAGAAACUUCAACGUCAGCGACUUGACUCACGAAAAAUUGGAGGUACAAUCUACCGAAGCCCUGGCCGUGAAUUUCGCUUUUAAACUGUACAAAAUGCCUGAUGAGAGCGUGACGACGGAAAAUCUACGUGACGAGCUGCUCCGCCGCGUGAAGGGGCUGUCUCCGACGGUGAUGACGGUGGUGGAGCAGGAAAUGAAUACAAACACCGCCCCCCUGAUCCCGCGCGUACGAGAAACCUACGAGUACUACGGAGCAUUAUUCGACUCGCUGGACGCCACGGUAUCCAGAGAGAGCCCGGAGCGGGUCAGGAUCGAAUCGGGUCUGGGCCGGAAAAUUGGAAACUCGGUUGCGUGCGAGGGCAGGGAUCGGGUGGAGAGAUGCGAGGUGUUCGGCAAGUGGCGAGCCCGCAUGAGCAUGGCCGGGUUUAAUCCGCGUGCGAUGAGUCAACCCGCGGCCGAGUCUCUCCGGUCGAAGCUGAACUCGGGGACACGUGGCAACCCGGGAUUUACCGUCAACGAGGAGUCCGGCGGCAUCUGCUUUGGUUGGAUGGGACGGACGCUGACCGUCGCAUCUGCUUGGUGUUGAUUUGACAUCCUCUACUUUUUGGGGCGGGGGAAUUAGUUUGGCUAAAAAUUGUUGUUGUGUUUACAUAAUUGUUGCUAGUGUUUGUAUUAACGUUUUCGUAAGGAAAAUCAAUGAUGACCAAAAACAACUAAUAAUGUAUUUUUAAUUCCUCCAACUUUAUUGGCCAUUUUUCUAUGGGGCUUUUAAAUUGACAAUAUAUUGACCCCUCCAGUGCAACCUAUAUUUUCUCAA